AUAAAAGCAAAGACGAGCUUUGGCUUUCGUUUAGUGUCUGAGACAGAGCUCUACCUGUCGUUCGCAGCGUUGUUUUCCCAAUCGAUCGCACCGGGAUCGUCUGAAAUCGCGCUGAUCGUAUUGACCUACAAUUUACACACUCUCAGCUGGAAUCAGCGAAAACAAUCGUCUCUGUUUGAUCUGGAAACAAACGCGGCGAUAAAAACAAAGGCAAAUACAUAAUAACGUAUAUCCAAACACAUCGGGCGUAUACGAUAUACGCCACUUGUUAUAUUUAUCGCAACAAAAAAACAAAGCUCCCGGGAAUCUCCUCGCCGCAACCGCAGUCGACCCAAGAAAGAGGCAACUCGAAAUGGCAGCGCCAGGCGCCGUCAGCAUGGCAGUCAUCUCCAGCCUGCUUGUGUUGGUAGCACUCUCCUGCAGUCCCUGCUCAGCCGGCACCUUCAACACCCGUCCAGCCUUCCCCGUGCCAACCAGCCAGAUCCAGCCCAGCGGCCAGAACAGCAAGCAGCCCGGCAGACGCAUCAUGAAUCCGGCCUUCGCCAACGCCGGCCGCACUCCCGGCCUGGAGAUCUGGCGCAUCGAGGAUUUCGAGCCCGUCGCCUAUCCGAAAAAUAACUAUGGAAAAUUCUACACUGGAGAUUCGUUCAUUGUUCUCAAUACAAUUGAAAACAAGAAGGACAAAAAACUAUCCUGGGAUGUGCACUUCUGGCUGGGGUCCGAGACCUCUACCGAUGAGGCCGGAGCUGCAGCCAUUCUCACCGUCCAGUUGGAUGACCUGCUGAACGGAGGCCCUGUCCAGCAUCGCGAAGUGCAGGACCAUGAGUCCCAGCUGUUCCUUGGGUACUUUAAGAACGGCAUUCGCUACGAGCAAGGCGGCGUCGGAACGGGCUUCAAGCACGUGGAAACCAAUGCACAGGGGGAAAAGCGACUGUUCCAGGUCAAGGGCAAACGCAACGUGCGCGUCCGCCAGGUGAACCUGUCCGUUUCGUCGAUGAACAAGGGCGACUGCUUCAUUUUGGAUGCCGGCAGCGAUAUUUAUGUCUACGUGGGCUCCCAGGCAAAGCGUGUGGAGAAGCUGAAGGCGAUCAGCGCUGCAAACCAGAUCCGGGAUCAGGAUCACAACGGUCGAGCCCGUGUCCAGAUCAUCGACGACUUCAGCACUGAUUCCGACAAGCAACAGUUCUUCGACGUGCUCGGAUCCGGAUCCGCUGCCCAGGUGCCCGAGGAGUCCACUGCCGACGAGGAUGGCGCGUUCGAGAGGACAGACGCCGCCGCCGUUUCUCUCUACAAGGUCAGCGACGCCAGUGGAAAGCUGAAGGUGGACGAAGUUGCCCAAAAACCACUCACCCAGGCCAUGCUGGACACCCGCGAAUGCUUCAUCCUGGACACCGGCUCCGGCAUUUUCGUGUGGGUCGGAAAGGGCGCCACGCAGAAGGAGAAGACGGACGCCAUGGCCAAGGCGCAGGAGUUCCUGCGCACCAAGAAGUACCCGGCCUGGACCCAAAUCCACCGCAUUGUCGAGGGCGCAGAGUCCGCACCAUUUAAGCAGUACUUUGCCACAUGGCGUGAUGCAGGAAUGGCGCACACCCGCCUCAUUCGAUCGGCCUUGAACAUCGGAUCUGAUGAGUCGCUGGAUCUCGACGAAAUCGACGCUGUGGUGACUCAGCUGAAGAAGAGCGGCGGUCGCGCCUUUGGGUUCAUGCCUGAUCAUGGUCAAAACAGCAUUGAGACCAUUACACAGUUUGUUGCGAAGCCCGGGUCUAACGAGAUCCUGGUCAACACAGUCGCCUUUGAGGAGAACCUUCCCCUUCUGGGUUUCGGCUCAUACCUCCUGACCUACAACUACGAGGCCAACAACGGAGACUCGGGCUCCAUAUCCUAUGUCUGGCACGGAGUAAAGGCCCCCGCCAACGUCAAGGAGCGAGCCUUUCAGGAGGGUCUCACUCUUUCAAAAGAAAAGAGCGGUCUCCUCGUGGUGACCAACCAGGACCACGAGCCGCGGCACUUCUACAAGAUCUUCAAGGGAAAGUUGCUGACAUCCUACACUGCUCUGCCGGUAACGGCGCAGCUUUUCCGCAUCCGCGGCACCGUCGAAAGCGACAUCCAUGCCAGCGAGGUGCCCGCCGAAAGCUUAUCCUUGGCCUCAGGAGAUGCGUUUGCCCUUCUUUCCGGCAAGUCGCACAAGAUCUACAUUUGGAACGGCUUGGGCGCAUCUGCCUUUGAGAAAAAAGCCGCCCUGGAUCGUUUCACGCACUACUGGGAUGACGCCGAGAUUGAAAAUGUGGAGGAAGGUGCGGAGCCAGAGGAGUUCUGGGAGGAGUUGAACGGUGAGGGACAGUACGAUCGCAGCUUGGGUGACCUUGGGGCUCCGCUGUUGGAGCCGCGACUCUUCCACUGCCGUUUGGGCUCGAGAGGACUUGUGAGGAUCGAGGAAGUGGCUAAGUACGAGCAGGAGGAUUUGGACUCGGACGAUGUCAUGCUGCUGGAUGCCGGGGACGAGCUUUACCUCUGGGUUGGUUCGGGUGCUACCGUGAUGGAAAAUCUCAGGAUUCUAGACAUGGCUAAGUUUUACACACAAGUGGAGCCCACUGCUCGCACCAUCGAUACGGUGAGCAUCAUCGGCGUUCCUCAGGGCAAGGAGCCGCAGGUUUUCAAGCGCAUGUUCCCCAGCUGGGAGGACAAUUACUGGCAGAACUUGCCCACCUAUGAGGACCUAAAGCAACAGAUUAUUGAUGCCAACAAUGAAGUCUAGAGCUACAGAUUCUCAGCAAAAUUAACCAAAAAUUUGUUUGUUUUUGCCUUUUUAAAACAUGUAUCUAAUCUAAUUUUAUAAUAAAUCAAACAACUUUACAAAAUA